UGUGUGUGUGUGUGAGACUCAUGUACAAACUGUUUCUGAGCUCACAGUCUGUGUUACUGUUUGACUCUCAGACUGACGAAGAGUGACCGGUCCAUGAAUUCACCUCUCUUCUUCAGUAAAUAACCUGGACCCUCAGACUCACAAUGAUGUAACAGGAUGUGACUGCCUGUUCAUUCUAUGAAGGCUGCUGAUCGUGUUAUCUUUCCAAGCAGAGCAGAAGGAAGUGGUGAAGCUGAAGGCGUCACUCUGCUGCUGACACUGACUGACAGUCCACAUCCAGACAACAUGAAGGCUUCAUCUGUGUCUCUGCUGCUCGGUGUGUCUGUGCUGCUGCUGUCUGCACUGACUGUUUCUGCAGUCUCUCUGGAGGUCAGUCCCAACCGUCCUCAGUUCUUUAGAGAAGAGUCAGUCUGUCUGAAAUGUGUUGGAGAUGGACAGACAGCUGAUGGAUGGACGGUGAAGAGGACAGCAGGAGGACACAAUGAGGACUUUGGGAGCUUUGAUGGUUCCUGUUACAACAUAUCGUAUCUCUCCCAGUCAGACACUGGAGUUUACUGGUGUGGAACCAGUUCUGGACAGAAGAACAACCAGAUCAACAUCACUGUAACUGAUGAUAGAGGGGUUAUUCUGGAGCUUCCUGCACUUCCUGUGAUGACAGGAAGUGAUGUCACUCUGCGCUGUAGAAAGAGAGGUGUCUCCACGUUCGAAGCCUUUUUCUUCAAGAAUGGAGUCCACAUUGGAUCUGGACCUGAAGGACAGUUUACCAUCAGUAAGGUCCAACAGUCUGAUGAAGGUCUCUACUGGUGUUUUAUUGAUCGGACUGUGAACUCUUCUCGGAGCUGGCUGAGGGUCAGAGGUCCUCCUGCUUUAACUACUCUUCCUCCUCCUCCUGUAACCUCCUCUCCUCCUCCUCCUCCUCCUCCUCCUGCAGACUCCUCCCCUCCCUCCUCUGUCCUCCUCCCAGUUGGAGCAGCUGUUGGUUCUCUGGUUCUGGUUCUGGUUCUGGUUGGAGUUGUGUAGCACUGCAGGAAUCAGUCAGGUAUGAAAGCUGUCAGACUCAUCCGAUAUGAACAGACUGGAACCAGACUGGGUCUGAUUGAUCUGACAGAAAGGAUUGUUCACACUUCAUCCAGAAAAUGAUGUAUGCUGCUCUAGGCCUAGACGAUCGGGGGAUUUCCCAUGAUGCACUGAGCUCCUCUCUCCCUCUCUCUUUCUGCACUCAUUCAUGUCCCAUUAAUGCAUGUUACUCAUCUCGCAGGUUCUCAUGGAUCCUGGUGGAGCCUCCUGCCAUGGUCCUGCUUGACUGCCAUUGCUAAUAUCACUGAUAUUAUUGUUGUUAUUAUUAUUAUUAUUAUUAUUAUUAUUAUUACUACAGUUACUAUUAUUACUAUUGUCACUGCUCAUUGUCGCCCAUCGUUGUCGUCGUCAUCAUCUUCUUCAUGUUGAUCAUCAUCAGUCACUACUAUUAGUGUAGUUGUCGUUACCUCUAAUGUUAUAAAGAGUUCGGUCUAGACCUGCUCUAUUUGAAAAGUGUCCUGAGAUAACUUCUGUUAUGAAUUGGCACUAUACAAAUAAAAUUUAAUUGAAUUGAAA